AUGCCUGACUUAAAAGGAAAAGUGGCCAUCAUAAUUGGGGCCUCGGCAGGCAUUGGCGAAAGCACGGCAAAGCAUUUUGCCUCCCUCGGUUGCUGGCUCACUCUGUUUGCGCGCAACGCCGAUAAUCUAGAAAAGGCAGCAGAGGCUUGCUGCGCAUUGGGCCUUCCUCGAGACAAGGUGCUUGUUGUACCCGGAGACAUGGCGGUGGAAAAGGACUGCGCCAAUGUUGUGCAGAAGACAAUGAAUCACUUUGGCAAAAUCGACAUCCUAUUCGGUUCAGCGAUUCUGCAAAAGCUAGAAGAGAUGAAUGUUAGGUUAUGGAAGCCGGCAUGA